UUUCCUUCUUGAUUAUAAUCCGAAUCUUUCGAAACGAAAAAAUGUCACACUUAUUCGUAGUCUAGUAAACUUGUUGCAUUUAUAUUUUUGAUGUAUAUUUUUUAUGCAAAUAGUAUAUAUAAUAGAUAUCAAAUAUAUAAACUCUCUUCAAAUUAAUAUUUACAUAAUUCUUACUCGAUGAGUUCAAAGAGGAUUUGUAAUCUUUUGUAUUCUCAUUGGCAUAUACUUGACUAGCUUGAGUCAUCUGCAUGUAAAUUAAAGUGUUUAAUCGUUACAACGAAGUUCAUGUUUAGAUAUGAUAAGUAUAAUAAAUGCGCGACUCACAACUACGCAACUUUUGCUAAACAUUUGUGAUACUGUGAAGUUAUUGACGUGCGCGUUUUCUGAUAUUUAAUACGAGAUUAAUAUGGAUCAGUGGCUUAAAAAUAGUAUACUAAUGAAAUACGAUAUCGGCUUUACAAUUUAUACGACUUUAAAAAAAUUAUGCACGGAUAUUAGUAAUUAGCUAUGCUAAAAUUAAACUCGUACAAUAUUCUAUGAAAGGGAAUCGCGUGUGCGUGAGAACCAAUUUCUUUUUGAAAUCUACUGCAUUAUAAAAUUAAAUAUUACGUAAAUUUGCCCCGUUAAAUAUAUCAUAUUGAUAAAUUGAUCUGUGCGAAGAAAAAUUGAACGAAAGAAAAUAAGACUGUUCGAAGUAAAACGUGUGAUAUAAUAGUAACAACAAACAAUAUCCUCCUCGUGACAAAUGUGCUUCGAUAAUUGGUCAACCAGUAUUUUUCCUAUCAGAAUUUUCCUUCUGUGCAGGAAAAUUUUAAUACUAAAAAUUCUGUUUGAGCCGAAAUUAUUUCACGACUUGGGUAUCCGACCGGGCAAUUUACUAUCGUAUCUCAAGGACAAAAUAAUUUCGGCGCGAUAAAAACAUAUUUGCAAUUACGUAACUAAUUGUUAAAAAUUGCGCUCGCCAACUCCAGUUAGCUGAUUCCAAUUUAUAUGCCAGUGUAUAUUAAGUGUAUAUCGUCAAGUUUUACAUUCUGCGCGACUAUACAGAAAAAUCAGUGUCCGAGGAUUGUCAGUCGAAAAGAAUGGAAAGCCAGGGAGCGUCUCAAUUUCGAGAUCAAGCCUGAGUUACCAGUGCCAUACGUGGUGGUCCAUCAUGGCGGUAUACGUAAUUAUUGUCGAGAUCAGGAGACAUGCUCCGCAAUCGUCAGGUCGUACCAGAAUUUUCACAUGGACGAUCGGGGCUGGUGGGACAUCGGCUAUAGUUUUCUUAUUGGCGAAGACGGUAAUGUUUAUGAGGGUCGUGGCUGGGAUUUCACAGGCGCUCACGCCCCUGGAUAUAACAACCAAAGCAUUGGGAUAUGCGUCAUAGGACACUUCAGCGACUUUCUUCCCAAUGAGGCCGCCCUGAAGUCGCUGAACGAAUUGAUAGCUUGCGGGGUUUCACUCGGCAAGAUAAGAGACAAGUACAACGUGAUUGGUCAUCGACAGGCACGGAAUACGGAGUGCCCCGGCGAGAGUUUUUACAAGUAUGUAAAAACUCUUCCCGGUUGGACUGCAAAUCCGAUACCAGAGAUUCGUUCGACUACCACCACGAGAAAACCGAUGAUGCAGGGUGAUAACAGUGAGGAAGAUAGCAAAUCAAGCGCCACUCUAUGAUGACUUUUAGGUCAUUAUUAAGUGGACCAAAAUGAAUCUUAAACGUAGAUCGCAGAUUUAACAUAAGACUCAUGAUAAGACAUAAGAAUUGUGAGUAAUGCAAAACUACUUUAUUUUUAUUGCAAAUAGUAUUUAUAGUAUCUUAUGUCGAUUCUAUACAAAUAUCUUCCUUACUUUUUAUUUAUAAAGAGAAUCAAAUGAAGUCACUUAAUGUUUAAUUUAUGUUUUGAAAAUUUAGAUAGAUUUAGAAAAAUUAAAUAUUAUUUAGUAUUUUUAAUAAUCUUCUCAGUAUACUAUCGAACGACCGUUGCUACCUCUGCUAUUAUCAUUACGUUCUAGUUGGCGUAAAUAGUUAUUUAAAUGAAAGAAAAAUGACUUUCUCUGUUUCACGAAGGUAAUUCCCCUGACGUACAAAGUGACACUUUGCACUAAUUUAUAUCUAACAGUUAAGACAGAUGUCAGACAAUGUCGUUAAUUAAAACGCAAAGAUAUAUACCGUUUUUUUUUUUUAAAUAAGUCGUGAAAAAUCAUAAGCCAGUCUACAUAAAAUAUUAGUGACAUAAGUAUCUUUCAUGCAAGUUCGGUAAAUGAAAUCAAUGUCACGCUUGCUUCGCGUGCAAGUCGUACUUUUACGUGGCUAUGUUCGUUACAACAAUAUAUGCUUUAAGGUCACGGUCUUCGAGUUUAAUUAACGACAUUGGUGAAGUAUCACGCGGUGUCGCAUAUGAUUGUCUCUGAUUUUUGUAAUUUUGUAUAGAUUGCUCAGAUCUUAAAAUUACUCACAUUUUUUUAGGUAUAGUAUCUAUAAUAUGUGUCAAUUAGGAUCAAAUUUCAUAGAAAUUAACAUUAGCAAGUAUUAACAAUAGAACUGUAUAAUCUUACGAUCGAAACUAUUUUUCGAAAAUUGCAAAAAUUAUAUACGUAUAUCUAAAAAAA